CAAUUACAAGAAGAUUUAACAACAUCAAGUGAUAACUCACGCAAAAGAAAUAGAAAAAAAAACAAUACUUGGGCUGAGACGAAGAGUCAAAAACAAAACAGAAAAAAAUUGGAAUUUCUAUUGUCAUAUAGAUAGAUAUAUAUUGUUUUUGGAGACUAUUGGUUAGUAAUUUGAUGUCAAUAUUUUCAAAAAAAGUGUGCAAUCACUUCGUCGAUUUUAACAUUUUUGUGUAUGAUCGCCAACGGUAUUGGAGUGUGAAAUUGUUUGAUUUGUAUGAUUUGUGUGUAGACAAUUUAGUAUCAAUUCGAAGUGCGUUUUAAAAUGGCUGCAAGCGAUAACUCGGAAAAACUUGAGAAUCAUCUAAAAUUGUUAAAAGAAGAAUAUACAAAAUUACAACGAAAUUAUGCCGAACUCGAACGAAAAUAUAACAAAGCAGCGGCUACAAUUGGUGAUAAAGAUAUGGGGCUUAGUAGUUUUGUAUCUCGUUUGGCAAUGACAGUGGCCACACUUUACGGACGAAAAACAUAUUCGGAUAUAACGAUUCGUUUGGACGAUAAUAAAGUAAUACCCGCACACAAAUUCGUUUUGAACGCACGUUCUGAAGAAUUCAGUGAAGAGGUGUUGGCUGAUAUUAAUGAAUUGGAUUGGAGGGAUCUUGAAAAUGACGUUGGAUACGAACUUUUACGUUGGAUGUAUACGGAUGUUAUAGACCUUCAAAAUGAUAGAUUAGCUUUAGGCUUAUUACGUGCCGCCUUUAAAUUUGGAUUAGCCCCGCUCUUAGGAAUUUGUGAAAGAGCACUGAUUUCAUCUGUGGGCGUUCGAUCAUGCGUUCGAUUCUAUUGUGUUGCCGAAGAAGUUGGUGCAUCGAGUCUACUUGAAUAUUGUUCCGGCCUGAUUUCAUUGCACUGGAAUGAACUUAUGUCACAGGAUUUUGAGUCGAUGUCCAGUCCAUUGCUGUUGUCCAUGUUAAAAGAGAAAAGUGAUAAUCCAUUGCAUGUAGCAGUUCGACUUAUGCGUGAAGACGUAGUUUUCUUGUGCUUAGUUGAAAAUGAUCAUUCGUUAUCUGAAGUGGUCAACGGUCUAUCGCAACAAGGCCAAUUGCCACUUGGUAUUGCUUUGAUGAAUCGAAGCACUGCAAUCGCCAAUACUCUCGUUCAAAAUGGAAAAGCCGAUCUGAAUGCAUAUAACGGCGACGGUUGUACCUUGCUAAUCGAUGCAAUAAAACGUGGUGAUGGAUUCGCUGCACAAUUUUUGCUGGAGAAAGAUUGCGAUGUUAAUCUUGUAUCAAAUGUUUCUAACGAUACCGCUUUACACUUAGUGAGCACAUAUUCAGAGAAAUCAUGUGAUGCAGAAACUUUUAGUGAUAUGAUUAUGGUAGCAGAAACUUUAAUUCAAAAAGAUGCCGAUCCGAAUGUGCAAAACCGGCAAGGAUAUACCCCAUUACACUUGGCAAUUAUUUCGGGAAAUACAAAAGUGGUUGAGCUGCUCCUUCAAACUCCUAAUUUAGACACAAAUAUUCGGACACACGAUGAUAAAUGCGCGUUACAGUUGGCAUUAAUGCCGCCAUACACUACGGGUCCACCGUAUGAUUUGGCUACAAAGCUGAUUGAAAAAGGCGCACAGACAAAUCAAAUUAAUGGUGAAAGUGGUGAUAGCAUAUUGCAAUUAUUGAUAAAAUCAAAACUUGAAGAUUCGGCAAUAUUCCUAUCGCAACAUGCAAAUGUGAAUUUCGUAAAUCGUCAAAAUUUAACGGCUUUUCAUAUGGCAUGCCAAAAAAAUUUACCAACACUUGUGAAAGCAUUGCUUGAGAAUGGUGCCUUGCCAAAUCUACAGUCGAGCAUUGAGGAAAUGAAAACUGGAUUACAUUAUGCUGUAGAAAAUGAAUGCAUUGACGUUAUUAAAAUGUUGGUGGAUUUUAAAAAGAAUUCCAGUGAAAAUCAAGAAAGUCCCGACUUCAAUUUGAAAACAGUAGAUGGUGAUUCUUCAUUAAGUAUUGCAUUAAACAUGGGCGCCAAGGAAUUGGUACCGCUUUUAAUUCAAGGCGGUGCUGAUGUGAACGCUCGCAAUGGACAAGAUUUAACACUUUUGCAUCAGGCAAUUUUGAAAGAGGAUACUGAAACAGCAGUUUUCUUAUUAAAACAAGGUGCAGACUAUAAUGCUUUGACUGGAGAUCAAGAAUCACCUCUGCAAUUAGCGAUACACUGCCGUCUACCAACUGUUGUGGAUGAACUUUGUACCUUGGGAGUUUCAUUCAGUUCGCCAAACAGUAAGGGAGAUCCGCCGAUUUGGACGGCUCUUGAAUCAGAACAAGAUGAAAUCGCCUCAGUUUUAGUACGACACGGCGUUGACACAGAUUGUUGGAGCCCAAAUGGACCGGACGGAUGUUUACAGACUCUUUUACAUCGGGCAAUUGAUGAAAAUCGCGAAACAGCGGCGAUAUUCUUAAUUCGAAGUCGUUGCGAUCUAGAUUCACCUAGACAACCUGGCCCAAACGGAGAAGGUGGUGAUGAGGCUAAAGAGAAAGCAACACCAUUACACUUGUGUUGUCAAUGGGGUUUGGUCCGUGUCCUGCAACAUUUAAUCGAUCAUGGCGCAAAUGUGAAUAGUGUCGAUUCUCAAAACAAAACUCCUUUACAUAUCGCCAUCGAGAAUCAACACGAAGAAAUGAUUAAGAUUUUGUUAUGUCAUCCAAAUAUUGAUUUGAAAAUACGUGAUAAAUCUGGUAAUACUGUUUUUGCGUGUGCUCUUACUUUUCGAAAUCAUAAGGCAGCACAAAGCAUACUUGAACGAUUACAAAAUGCAGCGGAACAAAAUGAUAACCGCGGAAGAAACUUUUUACAUAUUGCUAUUAUGAAAGAUGACUUGGAGAGUGUUUUAUUUCUUUUAUCGAUUCAAGUGGAUGUAAACUCUAGAGUUCACGACGUAAAUCAAACACCCCCAUUACAUUUGGCUGCAUCAUCAAAAAAUGAAAUGCUCAUAAGGAAUUUAAUAUUAGCUGGGGCUCGUAUCAAUGACAAAGAUAGCGCUUCAAAAACGGCACUUCAUAUUGCAAGUGAGCGUGGAAAUUUACCAGCCGUAUCCGCUUUGCUUCAAAAUGGUGCAGACUAUGAUGCUGUAGAUGGAGAUGGCAACAAUGCGUUACACAUUAGCGUACGUGAAAGUAAUUUCUCUGUUGUUCGAGAACUAUUAACAGAAUCACGUAUCAACGCGGAGGCGAUCAAUUUAAAAGGACGAAAUCCAUUGCAUGAACUCUGUCGCAGUGGAAAAGACAAUGUAGCAGCGGCUAUUCUCGAACUUUUUCUCGAGUGUAUGCCAAAAUAUCCAAUAAAUACUCCCGAAUUACAGCAAGGUAAUACACCAUUGUUAUUGGCAUUUAUGCGAGGUCAGGCUCCACUCUGUAAAGUUCUUGUGAAAAAUGGUGCUUGUCUUGGAGCUGAAAAUAAGGAAGGCGUUACAAUUUUCAACUAUAAAUUGGCUACCAAUCAAUUGUUACAUAAACUGUUAGAUCAAUUGCCACAAGAAUCACCAUGGGCUACAUCGGAAUUAUGCCAAGAAUGCGGAACAAAAUUCACAAUUACAAUGAGGAAACAUCACUGUCGACACUGUGGCCGCAUCUUGUGUAGUAAAUGUUCGAACAAUGACAUUCCAAUUUUGAAAUUCUCUAUUAAUAAACCAGUUCGAGUUUGUAGUGUAUGCUUUGAAGUUCUGCAGAUGGGAAGUGAUUGAAGUAUGGCAAAUCUGAACAAGAGGGAUCAUCGGUUGAGUUCUCAACAUUCCCCCGAUACGAUCAAACUAGUUUAAGAACAGUAAUAUAUACUGUAU